AUGGUAGAUAAAGGUUGGGCGAUUCAUUACUUACCAUCACCCUCGUGCUGUCAACUCGUUUACCAUGGCAAUGACCUUGGCUCAGUUCCUUUGGUGGGGAAACUCGUAUUUUUAGACCUGCGCUUCAUUCCCCCUUCCACUUCAUCACCGCAUGCCAAUUUUUCUGCAUUCGCGAAGGUACCAUUGUCCUGGGACUUAUGGCAUGCGCGUUUGGGCCACCCUGGAGGCGAGGCCGUUAAACGGCUCCCUUUAUUCUCCACUGGCGCAAAGGUUGACACCACCUACCCGCUUCACACAUGUGAACCCUGCAUUAUGGCAAAACACCCACACAAACCAUACCCACCUUCCAAGACACCAUGCGCAAAACACGUCCUCGACCUUAUUCAUUCUGACCUCUGCGGUCCGUUUCCUGUCGCCACGCCACAUGGAAAACUUCACUUCAUAAUAUUCCUCGACGAC